UCUUAUGUAUCACCAGAGCGGAUCCAUAAAUAAUGAUUUUGUGGCUUAAUUGCCUUUGCCUAAACUUGACACACCAAUUUCAGGUCUAGUAAUAAACCGACCAGACCUGUUCUGCGCUUUAAGAGUGCAAACAUGUUGCGCGUAAACAUGUUUUCAACAAUUUCCUGUUAACGUUAGAGGCGCCUCUGUUGUUGAUGGCUUCUUGCUGCUAGAUUGAUGUAGCAUUUUACUAGAAGCAGUCAUCCAUUGUUUGCUAGCCAAUAUGAUAACAUUUAAUUGGUUGCAAAUGACAACGUAAUGGCGUCUUUACAAUGCUUCUUGUUUUCGUUCGUUAGCCAUCUUUCCGUCUGAUUCAGCACCCUUGACAGUUAAAUGGCAGUCCCCUUCAAAAUCCCCAAGAGAAAACAGCCAUCAGAAGCUGACAACAUGCACAUGCAGUCCCCUCUCUCACGUCUCCGGGAUACCUCCAGCCCAUUCGAGACAAGCUGGUGCAAUGGCUCUUCAAAUGGAAAAAGGCCUGAACAUGUUGGCUCUCUGAAUGGACACAUCCCCAGAGCAGGGAAACAGAGCACUCCUAACCGGCUAGUUCUGAGGGAUGUCUGUGAAGCGCGUCUUGGACCUGGACAAUCAGACAAAUGGACCUCCAGCCAGUCAACAGGCUUCCAGAGACCAGCUCAGACCCCAGAACACCAUCCAGUUGCCAGCCAGAGAGGGAAUUCCCCAGAGCACAGCAAAUGGAGAGAGACCCACAUGCCCAGCACACUGCGGAGAUCACCCGCUCGCUGUCAGCUAGCAGUCAACGGAACACCUAGGAAGCAGACGGAGUCUCUGACUCAUAAGAAGCCACCUCACAUCCAAUCAAGCCCUGUGACAUCAUCAACACACAAAGCUGAACAAAGACUCCCAGCAGCCUCUCCUCCCUGCUUCAAAAAUGGAUGGCGCCCUAAGAGGGCAUCAGACACACUGUGUCGGGACAAGAAUCAAGAGACUGGGUGUGUGUCGCCACUGCUCAAGACGCGCCGUGCAGAGUUCAGUGGAGAUUCCCAAAUGUCUGUGAGAUGCAGCCCAGUGGAGUCGGAGCAGGAUUCUGCAUCAGAACCAUCUCCAGAAAGAGAGGUGGACAGUUCCUCAAAGACGGACGACAGGCUCUCUGUCUCCCCAGGAGACUCAACAUGGAGGAAACAUGACUCUGGGAUGAAUGGAUCUCCUCCACAAAACACAGAGAAGGAGGGGAAGGGAGGCUCAGGAUCACUGCAGAACCAGAUCAAGGUGACUAGUGGUUCACCAGGGACGGGCCCCAGGGGAAGUGUCCCUGUCCCUGCAGGCCACCAAAGCCAGAGCCCAGAUAGUGACGACCCUCCCGACCGCCCCUUGAUGUCAUGGGCCAGAGGUGCAUCCACAGGGUCCCCGAAACACCCCCUCUCCGCUGUGGCUUCAGUGACCCAGGCCACACAGGAGAAGCAGUUUUCCUUUAGCAGGCCUCCCCUCCGGGCUAACCUCACAGACAGAGAGAGGAGGCCUCCCCUCCGGGCUAACCUCACAGACAGAGAGAGGAGGCCUCCAACCAAGUGUCUCUCCCUCCAUCUCAGGCUGAGGCGGCCCAAGCCCACUUCCACAGAACCUAUUGUGCUUUCCAGUGAGGAUGAGGACAUAGAUGAUGAAGAAGAGUGCCCCAGGCUGAAGACCCCACAACAGAGCCCCAGGCAAGGCCAACCCACCCCAGAAGAACAUGUACCCAAACAGGCUGGAGAGAAGGUCACGGGGUCACAGAGCGUAUCGGAGCACCAACCUGGCAGCACACAGCCACUGCCUCCUAUCAUGGAACUGUCCUUCUCUACACUGCACGCUGGGGUGGUCCGAGCGCAGGCCAAUGGAAACCUGGUGGUAACAGAUGAUGGCAUCACACUACCGCUGAAAGAUUCCAGGGUGUCAUCCGAGGAGGAGGGGGUGUCGGUGAGCCUGGUGGCAUCCCAGCUCAGAGGAUACGCGGUGUGGGACGGGGGUCUAGCCCAAGACGGGAGUCUCUUCCACGGUUGUCCCGGCCGAGCGGCCCCCUCCCUGCUCUUCCUCUGGGUGUCUGAGGCCCAGGCCAACCUGGUACAGACGGAGCUCUCAGCCCUCCACCCCGUUACACUGCCUGGUCAGGCCUGUCCAUUCCUCCUCCUGGUCCUAAGAGAACAGCUGGGUGAUCUGCAGGCUGCUCUGCUAGCCUCCAUGCUGGAUGUAGAGGCUUUCCGUCAGGGCCGCUCCUACGACCUGAAGAGUCCCCUGUCCUGGGCAGACGGCCUGGCACUGAUACACAGCUGUCCCCAGGACGCCCACCUCCUCACCCUGCUGGGGCAGAGCCUGGUGGCAGACCCCGGCCUGGGGACAGCAAAGGGGAGCCCCAGUUGGACCAGAGGGAACCACAGAAGCAGAGAGCCUUACUCCAGACUCAAGGGCCUGCUGCCCACCAGGUUGAUCCAGUACCCACCACUCCCUUCUAAAGGAGGAAUCACCGUGACAACAGAGGACCUAGACUGUCUGGACAGUGGCCAGUUCCUCAAUGAUGUCAUCAUCGACUUCUACCUUAAGUAUCUUCUCCUGGAGCGGGCCCCGGGGCCCCUGGCAGAGAGAUGUCAUGUCUUCAGCAGCUUCUUCUACAAGCAGCUGACCCGCCGGGACACAUCCCUGGAGGAGGAGGCUGCCAUCCCGGCCAGGGACAGGAGACACCAGAGGGUGAGGACGUGGACCCGCCAUGUUGACAUCUUCAACAAGGACUACCUGUUUGUGCCGGUCAAUCACAAAGCCCACUGGUACCUUGUGGUGAUCUGUUUCCCUGGCCUGGAGCAGGCCCAGCAUGAGGAGUGGUCUGGCCUAGCUGGAGUGGAGGCCAACGGGGGGAAGAGGAAAUGCCAGCCCCAGGCUUCAACUGGGCCUUCUCCAGAGGCCAACAAACCCAAACUGCAGAACGGAGCAGGGGGAGCCAGUGGGAAACCUACAUUGAAGCCCCACAACCCACCAGCGUGUACCCAAGAUGGUUGUCAGAGGGAGACCAUCAUUAAGAAACCCUGCAUUCUCAUCAUGGACUCCCUGAAGAUCUCUUACCAUGAGAGCAUCUAUAAGCUCUUGCGGGAUUACCUACAUGUAGAGUGGGAGGUGCGUAGAGGAACACGCAGAGACUUCACUGUAGACAGUAUGAAGGCUUCCCACUGUACAGUCCCUCUACAGGACAACAGCAGCGACUGUGGCCUCUACCUCCUGCAGUACGUGGAGAGCUUUCUGCAGAACCCAGUGGUGCACUUUGACCUCCCCCUGCGUUUGGAGCGCUGGUUUCCACGGCAACAGGUGUGGAGGAAGAGGGAGGAGAUCCGGAGCCUGGUGAUGGAGCUGCACGGUUGCCGGGGCAACGGCGGGAGCAGCUGCAGGUAGCCACGGUACCUGAUCAGCAAUGCACUACUACUACAAUACCCCUAAACUGUGAAGGACUUUGACUUUUUAAAUGUACAAUAUAUGGAAUAUUUAUACUAUUUUUGUAUUACUAUUUUUUUUAAAUAAAAUGUCACAGGAUGUUUGUUUCUCACUUGUAUGUAAUGUGAAUGUACAAAAUAAUAGGAUCGUAAAAUGGAAUAAAAUUGUUCAUGUAAUGUUUAUUUUUUAUGUUAUGUUAUAGAAGAGGGCAUUUGGAAUGGACAUUAUACACAAGGAUAUGAGUGAGCGCUCAAAUCUAGUUUGCUGAGCAAAAGUGUAACUCAUGUACCCAGAACAGGUUUCUUUUUCAAAUGUCCUUAUGACUCACACAUAAAACCACUAUAAAUAUUAAAGUCAAUAUUACUCAGUUAUUCCUGUUCAGUGUGUCAGGCUGCUGUUUCUGACCAUCAGUCAUAAAGGACUCAAUAUGCACAUGAUUGUUUGCAGCUGCUAAACAAUAGUGUUAUCACUACAGACAAGUCAACACGUUGGCAGUGUUUUAGUUUUGGCUCCUCAUGUUGCAGCUGCUAAACAAUAGUGUUAUCACUACAGACAAGUCAACACGUUGGCAGUGUUUUAGUUUUGGCUCCUCAUGUUGCAGCUGCUAAACAAUAGUGUUAUCACUACAGACAAGUCAACACGUUGGCAGUGUUUUAGUUUUGGCUCCUCAUGUUGUAGCUGCUAAACAAUAGUGUUAUCACUACAGACAGGUCAACAUGUUGGCAGUGUUUUAGUUUUGGCUCAUGUUGCAGCUGCUAAACAAUAGUGUUAUCACUACAGACAAGUCAACAUGUUGGCAGUGUUUUAGUUUUGGCUCAUGUUGCAGCUGCUAAACAAUAGUGUUAUCACUACAGACAAGUCAACAUGUUGGCAGUGUUUUAGUUUUGGCUCAUGUUGCAGCUGCUAAACAAUAGUGUUAUCACUACAGACAAGUCAACACGUUGGCAGUGUUUUAGUUUUGGCUCAUGUUGCAGCUGCUAAACAAUAGUGUUAUCACUACAGACAAGUCAACAUGUUGGCAGUGUUUUAGUUUUGGCUCCUCAUGUUGUAGCU